AUUAUUCAACAAUUUUUUUUUUACACUUAUUAAAAGUUUGUCUUAGUUUUUCAUUGGUUUAUUCAGAUGAAAGCGGUUGAAGUUAACAAGAUCAUUACAUCUGUUAUUGAAGACAUUCAUAAAAUUAAUGAUAUUAGUUCAGUUAACAAAAGAUAUGAAGGCAAGCUUGUCUACCUUUAUGGGUUCAUUGAAGUGGAAGAACCUUUAACUGAACCAGAGUAUGGAUUAUCUGUACCUGCUGUUAUACUGAAACGCCGUGUUCAAAUGUACCAAUGGGUUGAGAAAAAGGAAGAGUCAACUGUGGUAUCGAGUAAUAGCAUGCCAUUUGAGAUUUAUCAUUAUGAAACUGAAUGGAGGGAUAAACUUUUGGACAGUUCUAAAUUUCAUAGUAAGAGUGGCCAUGAUAAUCCUAAAGAAUUUCCAGUGAACAGUUAUGUUUACGUAAGUCCCAAUGUUAAAAUUGGAGCUUUUACUCUAAGUAAAGAGAUAAAAAAUAAGUUUAAGGAUUUUACUUUAAUAACAAGUGAUGAACGUCCUGAAAGACAUGAUAUCAAGAUGCAUGCUGGACUUUAUUAUCAUACCUUGGAUGUGUGGGAUCCCAAAGUGGGUGAUAUUCGCUUACAAUUUUCAUAUGCUGGAAACACUGGUGAUGCUGUGAGCAUUAUAGCCACUCAAACAGGAAAAACAUUGGGAGGAAAUCAUUUAUUACUUUUAGAAAAAGGAAAAAUUUCUCCUGAAGAAAUGAUAACUAAGGAACAUAACUGGAAUAUGUGGUUGAUACGGCUUUAUAGAACAUGUGGAUGGGUUUGCUUAUACAUGGCUUCUUCAUUUUUUAAAUCAUUAUUUUUUUAUAUUGGUAAUAUUUUUAUUUAUUCUUGUAUAUUAAUUACUAAUAACUUUCAAAGUAAGAAAUUAGUUAAUGCUUUUAAUUGUAAAAAUUCAUUUAACCUCAUAAAAUAA